AGGAGUAGAAAGGAUAAUAAAGCAUUCAAGUUUGAUUCUAUGGUUGAGAUCUGUCUCAUCGGUCAACGGGCUAUCAUAGGUGAUAUCGAAGCUGUAUGCGGCCUGUGUAAACACACCCAUAAUAUCACGUGUAUUGAACCUGUACACACAUAUGAAAUGGAAAUGCGCAGCUUUCACAAGCUCGUCAUGCGCAGACAUCCCCAAACUGUAAAGAUGAUCAGAGCAAUGGUGGCUUUCAAGAUACAAAAUAGAUGGGAACGCAUUAGAAAUGAAAAGGUCAUUGCGGAUGCCAAGAGAUAUGAAAGCAGUCACCCAGCGGGUGUAGAAUCUCGACUAAGGCCUAUUAAUUCAAAGCUGCCACGAUUUUUAGAUGAACAACGGGAAGGUAUCGGUCGAGAUGACACGUCAGUUUCACCAGCUAGAGGCCGUAGGGGCAUUCAAUCCUCUUCAAGUCAACGGAUGAGUUCAAAGGAACGACAGAAGCGACAUCAUGAAGCAACAACAAAGUCUACCAGAGGACAAGGGAGACAACGAUCAAGGAGUGAAGGCGAUACGGAGCUGAGAUCAUCGGAACUCACUAAGCUUCCUUCUAUCAAACAAAAAAGUUUUACAUCACCCAAGACGUACUACGAGAUAACUAAAGAGGAGCAAAAGGUCAGAGAAACAGCGCCCUCUACGUUAGAUCUUAUAUAUCGUCAGUUUGGUGCAGUCAAAAAGAUGAAGGCCGGACGUCAAUAUAGUGAAGACGAUUAUAAGAAACUCAAUGCUUAG